CACCCCCCUCCCCUACUGCCAAGCCCAUGUCGACCGCCUGUCACUAACUACGAGGGAGACCGCCGAUUCAGGACAUGUUUUCAUGGUGGUCCAUCCGGGGGGCGUGGAAGAUCAGCGAGGAAUAUUCCGGCCGCUUCUAACUAAUGAUCUGUACGUUUGCUUCCCCCCCUUAGGCCCCUCCACCCACCUCUCCAAGGAUAUAGAGAGCCCAGAUCAAAAGCGAGAAGAGUGUUUGUCUGCUAGCGCCUCCACUCGCGCUCGGUUCUUCCUGCCUGUCAUUUUACCUCCCGCCGGUCGGCCCAAGAGAAUCCAGAACCAGCUACUGAGCUCAUCUGGUCCUGGCAGAUGCUGCUAUGUAUGUAUGUACGUACAUAAUAUGGGUCAUGGAUGGAAACCAGGUUCCGCCAUGCAGCUCCGACAGAAGGCUCCUAUUACACACAGCUCUGGCAGCUAUUACGAGCUACAUGGGCGAACCAGCGCCACUCCAGAUCAUAUGGGUGGUUCUAGGGCUGGAAGUUCUGGAUAUAUAGGCACCGCUAUCUUAGACAUAUGUAUGACACUGGGAGUUGCCUCUUGCCCUGGGCGAGCUUUGAAACCGGACAGUUUGGACUCACGCCUUCUUGCGAGCCCACGUCCACCCCCUCCCCCCACCUCAAGCACCGCCCAUGUUCGCCUCCUGCGCCUACCAUCCCGGAUCUACUCGGCCCUAGCCCGAUGUGGCUCUCUGUUUGCGGGCUACCGCGACGAUCAAGGUCAGGCAGAUUCAAGCAUGCAGGAUUUGGGCCCCAUAUGCAGCCAGCCGUAGCAACCGACGAAGCUAUGCGACGGCGUGGCUAUGACAUCUGUCGUGUAGGUGCUGCGUGCCAGGU